GAUGAGGAUUAAGUUCUUUAUACGCGGUUUGCGUUACGGGAAAAGGGUUAUAUCGAAAAUGGCCUUUUCGGAGUCACCGGCGAAAGCUUCGCUGUGCUGUGAGAUAUCACAGGAUGGUGGUGCACCAACGUAUGCGAUGUACGAGGCAUUAAAAGAUUCGUGCCAAAACAACGCGACCUAUUUUCAACCGGACGACAGCGAGAAUGGGCAGAGAUUGUACCAGGGCUUCAUGACCCUCAUGGACCAUGUAGACACUGUGUGGCCUUUGGUAGAUCAUGUGAGGAAGGUGGCUCCACAAUACGACUUCGAUUCUAAAUCGCCAGGCAAUGGAUACCGCAGCUUCGUUUCAGUGGUCGAUUCAUGUGUACUACAUGGUUUAAAACUUAGCAGACAAGUUAAUACUAGUAGAGACGCACUCUUAUUUCGAAAGGGACAUUUCGUCAAGGAGAUAGAAUCCUGCGGGCAGCUUCUUGCUUCACUUGGCACGUGUCUCCAUCACCUACACACGCUGUUGUCAUGGGCACCACCAGGAGAACUGUUCCCUACUGAACCUCACACGCCCGAGGAGUUGUUUGCGCAAGCCGACACCAUUAAUCAGUAUUGUUUCUAUGGAAGGUGUCUCGGGUUUCAAUUUCUUCCAUCCAUGCGUGGCAUAUUGAAAGGCAUAUCAAUAUGUAUGGCGGGUUUCUCCGAGGCUUACUAUUGCCAUGGUAACCUCAUCAGCUCCGUGUGGACUGGUGGCCAGUACCUCAUCGACCCUGAGAUGAGAGCAAGGAGGAUCGUUAACAUAUCUCAGUCUGCGAAUAUAGAGUUCUGCAAGGCGUUCUGGUUUCUGGCUGAAAGUGAGAUAAUGAAGAGAGUACCAAGUCUAAUGUCGCCACCGGUAGCUGUGAACAAGCUCAUAACAAUUCCUCCAGAGCCCAUUGUAGUGAACACAAUCGAUUACAAGGAAAUCACAGUACUACCGCCCACAGUACACAUAGGCUUACAAGGAUUGAAUGUUAGACUCAUCAGUGCAAACAAGAGGAUUGGGAUGGCAGGCGAAGGAUCAUCAUCCUUCCCACCAUCAGACGGAGUCCUCUUCCACUGCCACGGAGGUGGGUUUGUGGCACAAAGUUCAAAGUCCCAUGAAACAUAUCUGCGGGAUUGGGCGGCUAAGCUGAACGUGCCUAUACUGUCAGUGGACUACAGUUUAGCACCCCAAGCUCCCUUCCCGAGGGCUUUAGAAGAAGUAUUCUACGCUUACUGCUGGAUGCUCACUCAUUUCAAGGAGAUUGGCACUACUGGUAAACGAAUAGUAUUCGCGGGUGACUCAGCCGGUGCGAACUUAGUAGCUGCCUGUACACUGAAGAUAUUAACGACAGGCCUUCGGAGACCAGAUGGCAUGUUCCUAGCAUACGCCCCACUCAUGAUCAGCUUUGUACCAAGUCCGGCAAGAUUGUUAUGUCUAAUGGACCCUGUAUUACCUUUUGGCUUCAUGAUGAGGUGUCUCAAAGCAUAUGCCAGUCCCAGUAAUAAGUCUGAUGGUGGUAAAAGCAAGGAGGACAGACACAAUGGAGGUCACAACCAGAUUGUGUCCUGUGCCACGACGCCGCUUGAUAGCAAUGGCUUCCUUAGAGUCAGUCCUUCUCAAGAAGGUAUAAGCGAAGGCCCGUCAUCAUUCGAGGAGGUAUCUCCAUCCGACUUGGCCGAGCUACAAGCUCACAAGUCUGGCAGUGAGCGGAGGAAGUCUUCAGACACUACCAUCAGCGCCGCCUCGCUGCAGAGCGAACAUACGGCUACAGGUAUCACCCCACCGGAGGAUAAAUCUCAGAAGUACGUAUCGGACUUCCUAGAGAGGUACGUGUUGGAUAGCGACACUGACUCCGAAGGACGCAGGAUACCCAUCAUCAAACCUAACGCGAGGGCUUACGACGAAUCUCACAGGGAAGAAUCUGAAAACUCAAGCACGUUAGUAGGCGAGCCGCCGCUUGUUGAAGACAAUGAUUUGAGUAAAGAAAGUAAAAAGAGGAUUAAGACAAGGAUAAGCGAAGCAGCGACCGGUUUCAUGGGUGCCAUGUCCUCCAGAUUAGCAUACAUCACUGGGUCUAACGCAAUCUCUAGACCUACGCAAGAUGAUCUAGCCGCCCGCACCAACCUGGACGCGCUGAUAGCCCGCAGUCCGUCCGACGAGUUUAUAUUCUCAGUGCCGCGCGACCCGCUACUGUCGCCGUACUGGGCUGACGACCAACUACUCACCAAAUUCCCGCCUGUCAGAAUACUGACUGUACACUUAGACCCGUGUCUAGACGACUGCGUGAUGUUUGCCAAGAAGCUGAAGAACCUCGGCAACACGGUCGGCAUCGAAGUACUAGAGGGAUUGCCGCACGGAUUCCUUAACUUUUCACUUAUGGCCAAAGAAGCGAACGAGGGUUCGAAGCUGUGCGUGGAGCGCAUCAAGCAGUUGCUGGAGCUGGCGCCGCCGCCGGCCGCGCGGGACAACGAGUUAUGA